AUGUCGCCCCGGCCAGAUACUCGGAGGAAACUAACGGUUUUGACCGUUCACGAGCGGAUGAAGAUUAUUGAAAAGCACGCAGCUGGCUGGAAGAUCGGUGCAAUCUCGGAAACUUACGGCGUCCCUCAAAGCACCGUGUCCACUGUCGUCAAAAACAAGGAGAAGUGGAUUGCGAUGCAAGACAAGGGCAAUCUUCGAAAGCCACGAGCCGUCUCGAACGAACGCCUUGAAAAGGCCAUGAAGCUGUUUGUCCAACAAGCGCGGGAAAACAAUCUGCCGCUUUCCGGGAUCAUGAUCCGUGAAAAAGCUAAGGAUUUCGCCUGUCAGCUCGGCUUUACUGAGUUCAAAGGAAGCGCCGGCUGGCUCUCAAAGUUCGCAAAACGGCAAAAUCUUGCGUUCAAGAAGCUCUGUGGCGAGAGUGCCAGCGUUGAUACGAACAUGUGCGACGACUUCAAGCAGAAAACGCUGCCGGAUCUGGUUCGCGGCUACGAUCCGAAGGACAUUUACAACAGUGAGGCGUGCCACGGCGGUAAAUACUCCAAGCAACGAAUCACCGUCCUGUGCGCCACCAACAUGGACGGCUCGGAUAAGUUACCGUUGUUGGUGAUCGACAAGCUGAUAAACAUCAACUUGCAGUUUUUCCCGCCCAACGCGACUUCAGUGCUGCAACCGUUGGACCUUGGAAUCAUAAAGAAUCUUAAGCAUUACUAUCGCUACUCUUUGGUUAAGCGCAGAUUGGAUGAAAUGGAGCAGAAAAAGGAUUUCUCCGACAUAACCGUUCUGGAUGCGAUAAAGUACAUGUCCAGGAAUUGGGCAGCGGACGUGAAACCGUCCACUAUCGCCAAUUGCUUCGCCAAAGCCGGAUUCGUCUGUCCGGAUGCUAAUCAACAAUGGAAUGAAGACAUCCAGGAAGAUCUUCCCACCAUUACAGAUGAUAUGAUGGCGCACUUGUCCGAAGGUGUCUCAUUUUCGGCGUAUUGCAAUGUUGAUGACGAUUUGACCACUGCUGAGCUGAUGUCGGACGACGACAUUCUCGAAUUCGUUACUGAGCCAAAAUCAGUAAACGGGGAAGACGUCGAAGAUACGGAAGACGACCCCCAACAGCCAUUGGAAGUGACCAGCAGCAUGGUUCGUAACACGCUGGGCGCUAUGAACAACAUUCUGGCGGCUACUGAAAAUGUUCCUGCUGAAAUGUUUGGAAUUUACUAUGCGCUUGAACAGUUUCUUCAGCAGAAGUACUGA